GUGAGGCCAGCGGCGUGCAUGUUAGCUGUGUGCGAAUCGUCGCUUUAGGUACCUAUCUUUUCGGAAAGGCUGCUUUUAGCAAUUUGGGGACCCAGCUGCAAUUCUCUCAAGGGCAAUUGUGUGCUCCCAGCCUCCCUUCCCCCUGGACUUUGAAAUGCUUUACCUGAUCGGCCUGGGCCUGGGCGAUGCCAAGGACAUUACAGUCAAGGGCCUGGAAGUUGUUAGACGCUGCAGUCGAGUGUAUCUGGAAGCCUAUACCUCCAUCCUGACCGUAGGGAAGGAAGUCCUGGAAGAGUUUUAUGGAAGAAAAUUGAUUCUUGCUGAUAGAGAAGAAGUGGAACAAGAAGCAGAUAAUAUCUUAAAAGAUGCUGAUAUCUGUGAUGUUGCAUUCCUUGUGGUUGGUGAUCCAUUUGGGGCUACCACACACAGCGAUCUUAUUCUGAGAGCAACGAAGCUGGGAAUCUCGUAUCAAGUUAUUCACAACGCUUCCAUAAUGAAUGCUGUAGGCUGCUGUGGUUUACAGUUGUAUAAGUUUGGAGAGACGGUUUCUAUUGUUUUUUGGACAGACACUUGGAGACCAGAAAGCUUCUUUGACAAAGUGAAGAAGAACAGACAAAACGGCAUGCACACGUUAUGCUUACUAGACAUCAAAGUAAAGGAGCAGUCUUUGGAAAAUCUAAUCAAGGGCAGGAAGAUCUAUGAACCUCCUCGGUAUAUGACUGUAAACCAAGCAGCCCAGCAACUUCUGGAGAUUGUUCAGAAUCAGAGAAUACGAGGAGAAGAACCAGCAGUCACUGAGAAGACACUCUGUGUUGGAUUAGCCAGGGUUGGAGCUGAGGACCAGAAAAUUGCAGCAGGCACUCUGCAGCAGAUGUGUACUGUGGACUUGGGAGGACCAUUACACUCCUUAAUUAUCACCGGAGACAACAUGCAUCCACUGGAGGUGGAGAUGCUAAGUCUGUUUUCCAUAUCAGAAAAUGGCGCAGAAUCCAAAAGCAGUGAUGGACUGGGAAGACUCCAUGAACCUAGUGGAAAGCCAUAGCUGGAAGGCUGAAAAAUCUGAGCAAAGCUUGUUCUGUAUUGCAAGGGAAAACAGUUUUGAGUUUGAAUCUUGACAAGUAAGAAGGCUUGGUAAGCACCCUAGGUUUUCUGUCAAAUCUCUAGAAUGGCUGUGUACUAGAAGAGACUAUGCCCAGGACUAAAGAUUUACCUAAAACCAAAGACAAAGCCUUUAACAUAAUGUAAAGUCAAUUCUCCAUAAAAUCAAAGUGAUUAGUCUAUAAUUUAACUAACUGCUGGAACAAAUCUUCACACUUCCAGGGCAUGAUAACAAAUUGAGUCUCUUUAGCAUAUCAACAAUGACUAGGAAAAGUAGUUGUAAAGAAUGUAUAUAGAUGGGUUCUGUCAGAGAAAUGGAAGCAAAAACCAAAUUGGUUGGACCUAUCAGCAGACUACAGAUGACAGGUGGGUAGAAAUCAUCCUGAGGAAUAAAGACUAAAAAAUACUUGAAAGAAGAAAAAAAGCACAGAGCCUUAAAGUCAUGUGGGGCAAUAUUCAGCAGUCCAAUGCAUGUGUAAUUGGGUUCCCAGAAGAAGAGAACAAAAAUAGAGCAGAAAAAUUAUGAGCAGGUUAAGGUCAAAAUUUUCCCAAGUUUGGUGAAACUAUCAGUACAUAGAUCCAGUAAGCUCAGUGAACUCUAAGCAGAAUAAAUAUAAAGAAAAGACCUAACAUAUCAUAGCUAAAACGGAUGAGAACCAAAGAUAAGAGAAAAUCUUAAAAAGCCACCAGGAGUAGGGAACCCACUGCUUCACCUCAGAAACAAUGGAGGUCAUGAGACAACAGAAAGACAUCUGUAAAGGACUGAAAUUAAAAAGCAAAACCAAACCAAAUCCUCUCAGUCUAGAGUGGCAGAGUUCUUAACAUUUUAUUUAAAGUGGCAGAAUACUAACUGUAGACUGAUCAGAUUAUGUAGGUUAUGUAUUGAAAUCCUUUGGCAACCACUAUCAAAAAGAAAGGCAGAAGUAAAAAAAAAAAGAGGAAUUAAAAUUCAAUACUGAAAGAUAUAUGAUUCAUCCAAAAAAAGGCAAAAAAGGACAUAUAGGUA